AUGGCUAUUUCAAAAGUAUUUGCCCGUUACGUCUACGACUCCAGAGGAAACCCAACCGUUGAGGUUGACCUCUACACUGAAAAGGGACUUUUCAGAGCAAUUGUUCCUUCCGGUGCUUCUACCGGUGUCCACGAGGCUCUGGAAUUGAGAGACGGUGACAAGUCAAAGUGGCUCGGUAAGGGUGUCUUGAAGGCUGUUGCCAAUGUCAAUGACAUCAUUGCUCCAGCUAUCGUUAAGGCAAACAUUGACGUUAAGGACCAAGAGGCCAUUGACGCUUUCUUGAACAAAUUGGACGGAACUCCAAACAAGGGUAAGUUGGGUGCCAAUGCUGUCCUUGGUGUCUCUUUGGCUGCCGCUAAGGCCGGUGCCGCUGAGAAGAACGUUCCUCUUUACCAACACAUUGCCGACCUGUCCGGUACUCCAAAGCCAUACGUCUUGCCAGUUCCAUUCCAGAAUGUCUUGAACGGUGGUUCUCACGCUGGUGGUGCUCUAGCUUUCCAAGAGUUCAUGAUUGUUCCAACCGAUGCUCCAACCUUUUCUGAGGCUCUGAGAAUUGGUACCGAGGUCUACCACAACUUAAAGUCUUUGGCUAAGAAGACUUACGGACAAUCUGCUGGUAACGUCGGUGACGAAGGUGGUGUUGCUCCUGACAUUUCUACUCCAAAGGAGGCUUUGGACCUGAUCUCUGCCGCCAUUGAGAAGGCUGGCUACACCGGAAAGAUUGGUAUCGCUUUGGACGUUGCCUCUUCCGAGUUCUACAAAGACGGCAAGUACGACUUGGACUUCAAGAACCCUAACUCUGACCCAUCUAAGUGGUUGAGUGGCCAGGAGUUGGCUGCCCUGUACAAGGAAUUGAUUUCCCAGUACCCAAUUGUAUCCAUUGAAGAUCCAUUUGCUGAAGAUGACUGGGCUGCCUGGUCUCACUUUUUCUCUACUGUCGACAUCCAAAUCGUUGGUGAUGACUUGACUGUUACCAACCCUAUCAGAAUCAAGAGAGCUAUUGAGGAGAAGUCUGCCAAUGCUUUGUUGUUGAAGGUAAACCAAAUUGGUACUUUGACCGAAUCUAUCAAGGCUGCUACUGACUCUUAUGCUGCUGGCUGGGGUGUAAUGGUCUCCCACAGAUCUGGUGAGACUGAAGAUACCACCAUCGCUGACAUUGCUGUUGGUCUGAGAGCCGGCCAGAUCAAGACUGGUGCUCCAGCCAGAUCUGAGAGAUUGGCCAAGUUGAACCAAAUUCUGAGAAUUGAGGAAGAACUUGGUGACAAGGCCAUCUACGCUGGUAAGAACUUCCACAAAUCUGUUGCUAUCUAA